GCGAUCAUCAACUAGCUCACUGGACGCGUGAUCAUCCUUCUCAAUUGGCAUCAUGGCCCGCUUUUCCGUUUUUGCUCUGGCCCUCUUGGCCUUGGUCGGCACUUCGGCCGCGUGCACCACAAGUGACUACACAAGCGCGUACACGGCCAUUGCUAACUGCAUCACCCCCUUGAGCUCUGACCUCCAAGUCUGCUACAACACCAACGACUACUCUAACAUUGGCGACUGCAUUUGCUCAUCGCUCCAAUCCUACACGAGCUGCUUGAUUACCGCCUUGAACAACCACCCUUGCACCGACGCAACCAUGACCACCUACAUCCGAAACUUCCUCAGCGCCUACACCAGCUACGCCUGUCAGCUUCUUGUCCGCUUCAACAUUGUGUUCACGAUCAGCGUUCCCGCUGACUUUGCUUCCUUCUCUGAGCCUCAGGCCAAGGCUUUUGCCAUCGCCGUGCUUCAGGCCGGUGGCGUUACCGACGUCGACGCCAAUGCUCUGGUCACCUCGUGGCGUUUGAUGACUAGCGCACGCCGCGCCAACCCUCAAGUGCAGUUUACCAUGGAAUUCGAGGGAGGCGUGCCCCCCGCUGGUGGCAGCAUGGAGAAGUCCUAUGACAACGUUCAGUACACCGAUGAAAACGGUGACACCGCGUCCGACAGUGUUGUUGCCGAUGACGUUGAGAUGUCUGCUUCCGAGGUCGGUACCACCAAGUCCCCCGGCUCGGCCUGCGGUGUCCAGACCGGCCUUGCCGCCCUCGGUGCCGUCGCCGCCGCCAACCUUCUCUAAGUGCAAGUGGAUGCCGCCGCACCCUGCAUUUCAAUCCCUUGUCAUGGGCUCUUGCUUGACUCGGCCCCUUUUCGUUUUACCACAUACCACCGAGUUCUCCAAGUCCCAAUUGCCAUCCUGUGCACUC